CGGUUUUUUCUUUUAUAACCUGUGUCUAUAUCCAAUGGCCUCCAUUGCUGAACGCGGUCUUGCACAAUUAAAAGCGCUAUAUGCAAGUGAAGCAGCUCAACUAAACCAAGAGGCUGUUCGAAAGCUUUCAAACAAAUUGGGUUUAAGUGCACAAGACAUUACCAAGCUCGACGUUGACGCCAUUGUAAACGCUGCCAAUAAUUCGCUUCUUGGAGGUGGAGGAGUGGACGGUGCCAUACAUGCCGCUGCAGGUCCCCAGCUUGUGGAAGAAUGCAGACCCUUGGGUGGUUGUAAAGACGGGGACGCCAAGAUUACCAAGGGUUACAAACUUCCUGCUAAACACGUGAUUCAUACCGUGGGUCCGCAAUCAGAAAAGAAGAAUGUGCUAAUUAGCUGCUACCAGCGCUGCUUAGAAGUGCUGGUUGAUAAUGGGUUGCGAUCUAUCGCAUUUCCAUGCGUCGCUACUGGCGUGUAUGGAUACGAUAAGGAGCGAGGUGCCAAUGUAGCACUUGGAACCGUACGCCGUUUCCUUGAGAAAAACCCUGAGAAGAUAGACAAGGUGAUCUUUUGUUUGUUUAAUGCAAAAGACAAAAAAAUUUACCAAGAAUUGCUUCCCGUAUACUUCCCAGAAUCAGAUAUCUCCUUUUAGGCGGCUUUAAUAAUAAAACUCGCGGUAAAAUGAGAUCACGGACUCCUUAUUUUGUUGGAUUUGUUAUAGUUCUUUUCUUGAUACAUUGCAAAAAUGCUGCCUAAUAAGAACAACUGUGCGCAUCAGGGUACAAAUAUAUUAUCUCAAAGUAGACGAAGGAUUAUAGCACAGCUAUACACAACAUAAAAAACAGCCGA